UCAGGCUUGACUUCAAUAUACUACACCAAAGAAAGGAAAAACCAAACUAGCUCCAAAUCCAUGGCUAUGGCAUCUUCAAUAUUUUUUCCAACUCCAAUUCCAACUAAACUCAUCUCAAAACAAAACCCCUUGUCUUUAAAUCCUUUAAUCUGCAAAUUAACACACAAACCAUUGAGGAAUUUGUUGGUUUCUUGUUCAGUUUCAACAAGUUCAAUUGAAGCUGAAACACAAACAUUUAAUUCUACUACUACUCCAUCAAAGUCACUUCCUUUCAGAGUUGGUCAUGGAUUUGACCUUCAUAGAUUGGAACCUGGAUACCCUUUGAUUAUUGGUGGGAUUAAUAUUCCUCAUGAUAGAGGUUGUGAAGCUCAUUCUGAUGGUGAUGUGUUGCUUCAUUGUGUUGUUGAUGCAAUUUUGGGGGCUCUGGGGCUACCUGAUAUCGGGCAGAUUUUCCCGGACAAUGAUCCUAAAUGGAAGGGUGCGCCUUCUUCGGUAUUCAUGGAAGAAGCUGUGCGUCUAAUGCAUGAAGCAGGUUAUGAAUUAGGAAACCUAGACGCCACUUUGAUUCUACAAAGACCAAAAGUGAGUCCGCACAAAGAAUCUAUUAGAACCAAUUUAUGUAAGCUGCUUGGUGCUGAUCCUUCCGCUGUAAACUUGAAGGCAAAGACUCAUGAGAAAGUUGACAGUCUCGGAGAGAACAGGAGUAUCGCGGCUCAUACUGUUGUUCUUCUUAUGAAGAAAUAGUGAAUAGAGGUGGUCAAUUUUGGUGCAUAAAAUUUGUGUACUAUAGCAUCUGCUAGCCAUUCAGUGAGAACAUCAUAUUGGUCUUGGUCAUGGAUAUUUUCUGAACUUUGUAGUCAAAACAUGAUAUCCCAAAAAUUGGAAUUCCCUGCCAUUUCAGUACCCCACCCCCCAAAAACCCCCUACCCCGCCCUUCUUUCAUCACCUUAAUUUUCUUUUUCUUGAAGGCAUACUGUUGAUGGUCAAAAAAGAAUUUCAGUUUUGUUUC